GCCUAAUCUUUCAGACCAAUGAAAUACAAAACGAUUACCUCAUCUUGAAUCCUCGACAUCAAACUCCAGUCCUCUACUUUCAUAUUACUGCAAGUAACAGCAGAGAGAGAUGGCUCAAAAUGGCGGAGGCAGAAGAUGGUCUCUUGAAGGAAUGACUGCUCUUGUCACUGGUGGAACCAAAGGGAUUGGGUAUGCAAUUGUGGAGGAAUUGGCUGGACUAGGUGCAAGUGUAUACACUUGUUCUCGAAAUGAAGCCCAGCUCCAUGAAUGCUUGAAUCAAUGGAAGAAGAAGGGUUAUCAUCAAGUCACUGGUUCAGUCUGUGAUGUGGCCUCAAAAAUCCAGAGAGAGGAGCUAAUACACAAGGUCUCAUCACUGUUUCAUGGGAAACUUAACAUCCUUGUAAACAAUGUUGGAACUGCUCACGGACCAACGCCAACAACUGAGUGCACCGCUGAAGAGUACUCAUCCAUAAUGAGUACCAAUCUUGAAUCUACUUACAAUUUGUGCCAACUAGCACAUCCUCUUCUCAAAACUUCAGGAGCUGGUAACAUUGUUUUUAUGUCUUCUGUUGCUGGUGUGCUGUCAACUUGGGGGGGUGGGAGUGUAUAUGGCGCAACUAAAGGAGCAAUGAAUCAAUUGGCCAAAAACUUGGCUUGUGAGUGGGCAAAAGACAACAUUAGGAUCAACAGUGUUGCACCUUGGUUCAUCAGAACCCCUUUUGUUGAACCUAUGUUCAAUGACGACGGAAAGUCGUUAAUAGAGGCUGUCAUAUCUCGAACCCCAUUGGGACGUAUAGGAGAGCCCGAAGAGGUGUCUGCCUUGGUGGCGUUUCUAUGCCUUCCUGCAGCCUCAUACAUAACUGGCCAGACUUUUUGCGUCGAUGGAGGGAUGACUAUCAAUGGCUUCCAGUUUUAAGCAUUAUGCUGAGAUUUGCAUAUGCAAGACUGCUCAAGAUAAUGGCUUAAUUUUGUUGGUAUUUAGAGUUUGUUUAUGUUUGUUAUUCCUAGUUGUUAAUAAUCCCUAGUUUACAGAGACAUGUAGUUGGGAUUUGACUGUUUCCUUGUAAUCGUGUACCACGCACUAGAGUAGUGCAAUGCGUGGGCUGCUUUGAAUUUCAGUUAUCUCGUAGGGCUAUAUAAUGCCUAAGACUGCAAAUAAUGAAUACAAUGAGUAUUCUCCCAAUUCUGGUU